UCAAAUUUUAAACGUCAACCAAACCGCAGUGUCGUGGGACGCGUUUAUUUUUUUAGUUUUAUUAAUCACAUUUAUACCGAAAAUGUAUUACGUGAAGUGCAAAUAUUUCAUUUGUAAUAAUUAGUUACCAUUUAUUUAAUAUUUCUGUAGUGUAGAUUAAGUGUAAACAGUGAAAAUGUUGAAUUACAAGUACCUAAGUCGCGAGCACCUCGAAGGGUUCGAUAAUUAUAAGUACAUGGCCAUAGACACCAGUCCACUGAGUGUGUAUGUUAUGCAUCCUUUUUGGAACAAAGUUGUUGAGUUUGUACCAAAAUGGGUGGCACCCAACGUGUUGACAUUCGGUGGUUUUCUUCUCAUCGUGUUGAACUUUUUACUUCUGUCGUAUUACGACUACGACUACUACGCGGCCAGUACGCCUUUGUACAACGAAACUGUUGGGGAAUCCCCUCUUAAUGGACAUAUGGAGGUCAUACCGCAAACUCUAUGGUAUUUCAUCGGAAUCUUCUUGUUUUUGGCUUAUACUUUAGAUGGCAUAGACGGCAAGCAAGCGCGUCGAACACAAACUUCAGGACCUUUGGGAGAACUAUUCGACCACGGUCUUGAUUCUUACACGGUGUUCUUUAUACCAGCCUGUCUGUACUCUAUAUUCGGACGUCUGGAUUACUCUAUACCGCCUAUAAGGAUAUAUUACGUAAUGUGGAAUCUUCUUCUGAAUUUCUACAUCAGCCAUUGGGAAAAGUAUAACACGGGUGUAUUAUUUUUGCCUUGGGGAUAUGACUUCAGUAUGUGGGCAUCCACAGCAUUUUUCCUAUGGACAGGAGUAAAAGGCACGAGUUUCUACAAGAAGUACAUAUUCGCUGGAUACACAUUAGCCAACCUGUUUGAAGUGCUCAUAUACGCUACGGGUGUCGUCACUAACUUGCCGGUCGCGCUUUAUAAUAUUCAUCAGUCUUACAAACUCCGCACAGGCAAGAUGCGUUCACCUAGUGAGGCGCUGCGGCCGCUGUGGUCGUUCGUCACAGUGUUCGCAGUGUGCUCGGUGUGGGUGCACAAGUCCCCGCGCCUGCCCGACACAGACCUGCGCCCGCUGUUCCUGCUCAUUGGCACUCUCUUCAGUAAUGUCGCUUGUCGUCUAAUAGUGAGUCAGAUGAGCAACCAGCGCUGCGACGCCGUCAACUGGUUGCUGUGGCCGCUGACUGCAGCCGCUUCCGUCUCGCUACUGUUGCCGCACUAUGAGAUACUCGCCUUUUAUGCCAUGACGAUACUGACUGUGCUGGCUCAUAUACAUUAUGGGACUUGUGUUGUACGUCAAAUGUGCGACCACUUCAGAAUAAGCUGUUUCUACAUAAAGCAGAGGUCAGAUUGACUCUUAGAUGACAAUGCGUGUUAGUAACAUAACACCCUGUAUGUAAUUACAGGUUCUAAAUAAACAACAUCAUGUACAUGCCGUGUUUAUGAAACAUAUCCAUCUUUUGUUUGUGGUACUAGAUUAUUUUUGAAAAAAUAUGGGAAGGUUAUAAAGCCUGCCUAGCCUUUUCCCAUCUACUUAUGUUGGGGUCGGCUUCCAGUCUAACCAAAUGCAGCUGAGUACCGGUGUUUUACAAGGAGCCACUGCCUAUAUUUACUCUCUCAACCCAGUUACCCGGGCAACCCAAUAUACCCUUGGUAAAACUGGUUGUCAGACUGACUGGCUUCUGACUACCCGUAACGACUGCCAAAGAUGUUCAAACGACAGAAGAUGAAUGAUGUUAAUGGGAAAAUGGUUUAUUUAAAAUAAAUAAUCUAGUGCCAUGAUAUUUCACAUAAAUACAUGUUGUUUAUUUUAUAGUAAAAUAAAUAGUAUUUAAGUUGAUUACUUUUACCAGUGAUUAUGAAAAUAAACCACUAUGAAUUUGAUUUAUAUGAAAAAUAUGUUUUACUAUAAAAAAAACAAUAAAAUAAAAAUACAGCUUAUUAGACAGAAGUACACCGUUCCUUGAAUAGAAUAAAAAACUAGAUUUAAUACGAAACAAAAAGUACAUUUUGUUGUUAUUAUUUUUAAAUGUUAUGUUAUAUUUUAUAAAGAUUGUACACACAGCAGAAGAUAUAUUUUCUGAAAUAUGCAAUUUUGAAUUUCGAAAUAGUUAAGGUUGUUGUCAUAGUUGCAACGUUCUUUUUUUUUUUUUUUUUUUAUCUACAUACACAUCAUACACACAUAUACAUCAUGGUAAACCUUUUUGGCAAAUCUUUUUUUUUUUUUUAAUUAUUAUUUUUUAUGUCUACUGUGUACAUCUUUAUUUUGAGGGUUCAUAAUACGCAUUGUCUAAAUCCAGUACCAAUCUAAACGGUAUUUAUUAAUUUUUAAGUGUAUUUUUUACAAAAAUAUUAACGCAAGUAUCGAGAUUAUCCGAAUAAUCUGAGCUUUGAAAUAAAGUCUACUUAAAAUUUGCUGUUUAGUCGGUUAUUCUUGAUAAAACAUUAAUUGCUUUUGGCUAAUUUAAUUUUUCUGCAAAUUGAGGAAUCUGACUUAUAAUAUACAGCUGGUUGUUUUUUAGACUUUUUUUGUUUAGUUAUAAUCUCUAUAGAUCUGUAGAUUUAAACCUCUUAACUUAUUUUUUAGUUAAAAGUUAUUAUAGCUCGUCAUUUUUUAUCGUAAAACGAUAAUGUAUUUAUUUUAGUUUUUUUUCUGUAUUAAGUUUGGUUGUGACAUCAUUACGAGAUUGUGAAAAGUUUUGAAUUCCUCAAUUUGUAUUUUCUUUUUAAUCAUUAGACCAAAUUAUCUUGAUAUUAAUUUUAGUAACAUUAUUAUUUUAAAUAUUUUUAUCCAAAUCGAAGGUAAAUAAUAUUUAAAACAGUAAUUUUGGAAGCUUUAGUUUUAAGUUUAAAAUGAGAUUGAAAUCAAAAUUUCGCUUGUAAUCGCAAAUAUUUUUAAGCACUGUCUAUGUAUAAUUGGUGUCUAUGACAUUCUGUAUAUUUCGUGUUCUAGCCCGCCUAAAAUAAUUAAACAAAUAAAAAGAAGAUUACUAACAUUUAAUUAUAUUAUAUAAUCUAACAGAACGCUUUAUUGACCAAAAAUCUUUUACUUUCCAAAAAUGAUGACGAUCCGCUUUUUCAAAAAAACAUGUUUCUUAUAAAAAUACAAAAAAAAAAUAGAGAUCAGAAGCCUUUUCCACCACAAAUUAUUAAUUACAAGUAGAAUUCUUGUUCAAAGGUGAAAGCGGCCAAAAAUAUCAGAAAUCUAAAUUUUAUUCAUCAUGCACCUACAUGAAUAAACUACUAACAGUAUAAUUUUACUCUAAAAUAAAGCACUAAGUAUUAUUUGCGUGAAAUGUGAACCCACCUUUAUUUCAGCAUGUUUUUUUUAUAAUAUUUUUAUUUUGUAUACCCUUAUCAAUCACUUGAUCGUUUUUUGAUUUCAUUUCGACGAAAAAACCGUUUUUUCAACAACUUUUUUUUUGUUUUUGACAUUUAUGUUAAAUUAAUCGCAAUAAAUAAAUACUGCUGGUUAGUACUCGAUUAUUCUUUUUUGUUCGAUCAAUUUUGAUGGACACUCGGCAUAAGAUUGCCUGGUGUAACACAAUUUUUGAUAAAGUAAAAUGGGGUAUUAUUCGAGUACUAUACAGCCGUAUUGAAAUAUGAUAAUUAUAACGCAUUACAAAAUAAAAGUGCCUCAUGUUAAAAAAUAGUAUUCCAUAGAUCGCUAUGUAACAUUUAAGCUCUGAUAUAAUAACUUAAUAUUCAUUUGUUUUGAAAAAAAAAAUGUACCACUAAAAUCUCCUUUAUUUAAAACAAAAUUUCAUGUUCUGGAUCUUAGACUAUUCCAUUGUGUAAUUUUCAAAAAUUCGCUUUAUGUAUCUGUACUGCUUGAAAUUAUUUUUUAUUUUAAGGAUUUAACCUAACUUAGAAUAUUCGAAGACCUAGGGUAAAUACUGUUGUAUGAUGACCGUCAUAUAAUGUUAUUUCGGGUGUAGUUCGUGGCAAACUUAAUGACGGCUCGGAACUAGCGAUUAGCUCCGCAGAAACCCAUUUUUCGGUAUAGCCCACGGAGUAAGAAAAGAUAAGCGGAGAUGCCAUAAAUCUGCCUCCUUCUAGGGCAAAUACGGACGGGGCGGACGUGAUUAAAACGCUAAGUUCAGAGUGAACUAACAAGGCGUUCGGGGACACAUGUCGACGAUUUUCGUUUUUCAACAAAAAUUGUUCCAAAGUAUGCGAAUGCGGGCGGAGGCAGUAACGUUCCUCGUCCCCCGCACACCCGCAUUUUGGCGAAGCUAUUUUCUUUUGAGGUUUUCGUUAUGCCACCUCCGCUCAUCAUUGUUUUCUCUAUCGCUUGGCCACAUGCGCAUACCUGUGCUUGGAAGUUAGUUGCAAACCGCCAUUAAGUUUGGCAAGAACUAUACUGCUCUACGUUAUGUAUGAUAAUUCGGACUGAAGUGUAAGUCAGGGUAACCCUAACAUUGAUGGAAAUAAAACUGCGUACAUUUGAGCAUAAUAAAUAUCGUAUUGUAUAGAAUAAAUAUAAAAUUAAACUUUAAUGUAUAAGUUUCAAGAGAGAUUGUAAGGGACCGUUGUAAGAAGGCAUAUCGUGAGAAUUAAAAGCUUAUUAUGAAAAAAAUCAUGUUUACCUAUAUAUUUGGUAUCGUUUUCUAUUACGCUUGAACUGUUGAAAUACGA